UGAUAAAGAAAUACCAAAUAUUUCAACUUUAUAUGAAAAGAAUCCAGAUGCUAAAUAUACUAGUCAAGUAUUUACAUUUAGCAAUUUGCCAAAACCUGUUAAUUCAUCUAUUGUUAUUUCAUAUCUUAAAGGAACAAAUAAUAAAGAAAAUAAUCAGGCUGAUAAUAAGAUAUGUUCUUAUUGUCAUAAACUAUUUAUUGAAAAAUUAUGGUGCAAAGAAUGUGACCCAUACUGUAUGAUAGAAGGAUGGACUAGUGGAAAUUUAAGCAUUGAUAAA